AUGAAGCGAGCAGCAUCCAAUAGUGUCGAUGGGGUGUGGGACGCCACUGCGAAGCCUGUGAAGAAGCGCACGUUAGGCCGUACUGGUCCACUGGAUACGGCUGCAACCGAAGCGUUCAUUCGCGAUGGAUUUGUGCUGCUACCGGACGCUUUCUCGUCAUCGACUGCACAAAAGGUUCGCGAGCUGAUUUGGGAGCGACUGGCUCAGGACGAUAUCACAAAAGACCCGUCUACGUGGGUAGAGCGACACGGUAUUGCAGAAAACUAUACUGCACCACGGGACGGUCCAGUGUGGAAUGAUGUGGUGACACCGCGUCUGAAGCAGGCAAUGGACCAGCUCUGUGGCCACGAUCGAUGGAGAGACGACUUUGGUCUGGGGUGGUGGAUGAUCACAUUUCCAGACCAGACCGAGCCACCGUGGGCAGCUGCCGGCAAGUGGCACGUCGACGGCGCGUCGUACCAGCACCACAUCGACAGUCGAGAGUCUGGUCUGUUGGCAAUCUUCCUGUUUUCCGAUAUUGGACCGGGAGAGGGAGGUACAGCGCUAUCAGUUGGGUCACAUCAAGCUGUUGCGAGGUUGCUCGAGAAAAACGAGCCGCGGGGGAUGAAAGGUAGUGCGGUGAGUUACCAAGCGAGACAGUUCGAGCGCCAAGAGGUGGUUGAAGUGAACGGCAAGGCUGGCGAUGUGAUGCUAGUGCACCCCUUUUUGCUGCAUGCUCGGAGUAAGAACUUAGGACGCAAGGGAAUGGAGUCGGUGCGUAUCAUGUGUAACCCGAACGUCGAGCUUCACCGCAAGAUGAACCUAAGCCGAGCUGAUGGGGACUAUAGCCCCGUGGAACAGGCAAUUGUCGAUGCCCUGCAGGAAUAA